UAUAGAGAACGCCCGUGAUUGGUCAGGUGUUCUGGGGAGGGGCUUGGAGCGUGGCGCGAGUUUCCCUGAAUGCGCGGCUGCCGCGGGGCUGGCGGGAUGUCGGUGGCUGGUGGGGCGACGCGUGGGCACCCGGGGGCGGAGGGCACCGCUGCUGCCGACCAGUUCACCUUCAGCCCGGAGCCCACACUCGAGGACAUCCGACGCCUCCAUGCUGAGUUUGCCGCUGAACGAGACUGGGACCAGUUCCAUAAGCCUCGGAAUCUCCUCCUGGCCUUGGUGGGGGAAGUGGGGGAGCUGGCAGAACUCUUUCAGUGGAAAACCGAUGAGCCUGGUCCCCAAGCUUGGCCCCAGAAGGAACGGGCAGCUCUUCAAGAGGAGCUUAGUGAUGUCCUCGUCUAUGUGGUGGCAUUAGCAGCCCGCUGCCGUGUGGAUCUGCCGCAAGCAGUGCUCGCCAAAAUGGACAUUAACAGGAGACACUACCCAGUUCACCUGUCCCGUGGCUCCUCCCGCAAGUAUACAGAAUUGUUUGAUGGGGACACCUCUGGAGACCAGGCUGUGGGGCCUUCAGACCUUGCUCAUGAGUCCACUGGCCAUGCCUCAUCCUAGAAGCAUGGCGUGUGAUGAGCCGAGAUUGGCCUGGCCACAAAACCGUGUUCAUGUCCUUUCCUAAUACGACAUUGGCCUGCGGGCCCCAUUUUCUGAAGUCUGGGUCCAGCAUUCUCCAGAUAUUAGCCUCUUGCAAUUUUCUCUCCCAAUAAAACAGUUUUGAGCAACAA